AUGAAUGGUCACUUCAGGGCAGAGGGAAUCGCCUGGAGCACUGCCUUUAUAGUCACCUUUGUCUUAGUAGUCUCAGGAAACAUUCUUACAAUUGUUCUCUUUGUUACGAACAAGAAAAUUCGCAAGAAAAGUCUUUUUUUGGUCAUCAAUAUGGCAUAUGCUGAUCUGCUUGUAGGAGCCGUGAGUUUGCCUAUUUUCAUUUACGAUGUGGGCAUCUAUUUCCGGUUGUGGACGGACGGGACUUGGGGACUGUGGAGCAACAGGCCGUUAACUGUUUCCUUCAUGAUUGUUGAUACAGUCUUCUCACAAGCCUCGCUUAUUUCCGCAGCCUUCAUAUCGUGUGAGAGAUUUUACGCAAUAUACUGGCCGUUUAAGUAUCGGACAUUAUCGGCGCGAGUAUACCAUAUUGUUAUUUUUACAGCAUGGCUGCUCGCUCUCCUUAUCUCUGCAGUAUGGACAGGAUCAAAUAUUCUAUUUUCGUCCAAACACACGAUGUUAAUUUGGGGGCCAUAUACACUGAUUCUCACGUUAACUACUUGUGGCUGUAACAUUUGUAUUUGGAAAAAGUUUCAAAGGGGAUGUGUCGCCGUUUCACAUCGUCAAAACAGAGACUUACAAAACAAGCGCUUAACAAAGACAUUGUUAUUUGUAUCUGGUCUUACUUUGCUGGCUUGGUUGCCUUUAGUUAUAUUAAACUUCUUGAGGUACGUCUGGUUAUUUCCUGUGCAGCAGAAAUUCUACCUCGUGGUAAACCUUUUCAACUACUUCAACUCUUUUGUCAAUCCAGUGGUCUACGUACUGAGAAUUGCAGAGUUUCGACACGCGAUGGCUCGCUUUUGUAUCUGCAGGGAAAGAAAUUACAGGCAGCACGCAAACGAUUUAAUAAGGAGUGUGGAUUUGCACUCGGCAGCUACCUUUAUUCACGAAUUGGCGUUUGAACAAGAAGUAAUCGAUACGCAGUUAUAA